UCCCAUUCAGCGCGUAAAAAUGUCAACUUAAUCUGAGGAUCAAAGAAAAUAGAAGGACAAAAAAAUGCUUUAUAAAAUGAUACUGCUGUUAGUGCUGUACAUGAUGAAGAUGACAUACUCAGAGCAUGGAAAAACCAAUGUAAUGAUUGAUACAGAUACAGUGAUAGAAACAGUAUCGGAUAGAUUCCUUAGUGUUACAUUAGAUACAUCAUUUAUACAGAAUAAUUGGGCAACACUCAACUUCAGUUCUCCAAAAGUACAGGUAUUAGCCAAAGCAUUAUCACCAUGUUAUUUACGUGUUGGGGGAAGCUCAGCAGAUUAUCUCCAGUUUGAUCCAUCGUCUCAGAGUGAAAGUUACCAAAAAGUGCCAAAAGAGUUCAUUUUAACAGACCGUAUAAACAAGAAACUGACUAAUUUUACUAUGAUAGCAAGACAGUGGGAUGAACUGAAUGGUUUUGCAGAAAUGGUUGGAUGGGAUCUUAUAUUUGACCUGAACUCAUUACUUAGACAGAAUGGACAAUGGCUACCAGAUAAUGCUAAACUACUCAUGGAUUAUACAUCACAGAAAGGAUAUAAAAUAGUUGGAUGGGAACUUGGCAAUGAACCUGAUGUUUAUAAAGACGUAGGUAUUAACAUAACAGGAGCCCAGAGAGCCAAGGACUACAGUAUACUACACAGCCUCCUUAACCACUAUCCACAAUGGAGAAAUGGUAUUGUUAUAGGUCCCAGUGUUACAAUGUUAGUAAAGGAAAUUAGUAGGAAAUAUUUACAAGAUUUUGUUGAUGCAGGAGGACCUGAUAUAGUCACCAAUCCUACAUUCCAUCACUAUUAUGACUAUGGUCCAUCAAUGACUGUCCCAAAGUUCAUGGCACCAGACAUUCUGAGUAAUCUACCUUGGCAGAUAAAUGUUGCAAAGAAGAUAGCUCCAUUUCCUUUAUAUGGCAAAUUCUGGUUAGGUGAAACAAGCUCAGCCUGGGGAGGAGGAGCUGCAGGAUUAUCUGACAGAUAUGUUGCAGGAUUCAUGUGGCUAGAUAAAUUAGGAAUAUCAGCAUCAUUAGGAGUGGAUGUGGUAGUGAGGCAGACAUUUUAUGGUGGAAGUUAUGGUCUGAUUGAUACAAAGACUUCAAACCCUAAUCCUGAUUUUUGGUUGUCUUACCUGUACAAGAAGUUAGUAGGAAGGUCUGUGUUUAAUGUGACAAUGGAUGAUAACAAAGGAUAUGUUAGAAUGUAUACUCACUGUACUAAUACUCUAAGAAGUGAUUAUAAGCCAGGUAGUAUUACAGUAUAUGGUAUGAACCUUAGACCAGAACCUACAACAGUUGUCUUCACACAGUUUAAACCAGAUGUUAAACUUCACUUAUACUUGUUAGAACCUGUUGGUGUAGAUAGCCUUAAGUCUCAAACAGUUGCUUUAAAUGGUAGAACUUUGAGCCUGAAUCCUGAUUUUUCAUUACCAAGUAUGGACUACCCUGAAGUUGUUACUUCUAACUUUACAUUCCCUCAACAGUCUUUUGGGUUCAUUGUUAUACCUGAAGCUAAUGUUGCAGCUUGUAAAGUGAGCAGUUGAUGAAAAUAAAAACACAACUUGAACAGAUGUUAAGCUAAAACGUUGCAGUUGCAUCAGAUGUAUUAAAGAAAGAUUUAUAACUUACAUCCGAUGACAGUUUAAGAAAGGUUUUCCUGAGAUUGCAAUUAAAAUGAUAAUUUGGCUGCCAAUGUUUUUCUGUACAGCAUCAUAUUAAACAGUAUAGUUGUUUAGGUUCAUGGUACCAUUUUUCUGAAUCAAAGGAAUUUUUUCAGAAAGAGGAAAAUAAGGAGAAAUAAGAACUGAAGCUGAAACAGGAUGAAGUAUUGUAUACUGCAUUUCAGUGGUGCUCAAUGCAACAUGUUUAUACAAAUGUUUAUUUAUGUUCAUGGUUCUUUGUUAUUGUUGAUUUGAAGCUAAUUUUUAUAACCAAUAUUUUUUUUUCAUAUGCUUUAAUGUUUAAUGUAAAAGUAAUUCACUACAGAAUAUUGAUUGGCUCAAAGGAAACAUUAAAACCAGGGGUGGAUUCAGGUAGGGGCGUGUGCCCCCCCCCCCCCCCCCCCCCCCUGAAAUUUGCAAAGCAUGGGUUGUCCUCAGCUUAAUAAAGAAUUUUUAUUUUAAAAAAAUUUAAGUUUGCGCCCCCUAUUCUAAAAUCCUGGAUCGGCCUCUGAAAACUUGUUUGAUGUUCUAUAAUAAUACUUUCAUUUUUGUAGUAACUACUAAAUAUGAACAGUUUGUCAUUUUGCAUAUCAAAUCCAUGAUCCAUUCAUCUCUUAAGUUCUUCCAUCUGAAACAAAACCACUUAAUUUGCAAUAUUAGUUUGUUUAUUAUUUAAGAAUUAGUAUUCAAUAAAAUAUUUAACAACUGUUAAGCUUAGGACUUUUAUAGUCCUUUCCAAUUGGCAGUUACAGACAGAGCUUAUAGCACUUCAAAAAUUAGAUUGAUUAUAUCAGCCUAAUGUCUUCAUAUUGUCCCUAUUAAAAAAUCAGUAUUUUUUACAAAUUUGUAACAGUUGAAGUUAUUUUUUCAAUUGGCAACUCUUACAAUUCAGAACUGUUAUACACCUUUUUAAUGUUACAGUCCAAUUAAUGCUUUUCUUCCUUUCAUUUUGAGCUAGUACAUAUUUAUUUCUAAUACCCCUUCAAUUCGACCAAAUUAAUAUUUUGUUCUAUCAGAUAUAUACUUAUCAUGUAAAAUUUUGAGAACAUCUGAUUACUUUUCCAGCAUUGUUUUUGUUUACUUUUUUUUAUGUGUUUUUGCAUCCCAUAUGCAGUACAAUGACAGUUAAUUGAAUUGUUGCAAUAUUGUUCCAUUCCCUUUAGAUGUAUAUUAUGUUACAUACAAAUACAGUAACUGGAGUGUAAUAAACAAUAGAUAUUGAAAAUUAGAUAGCCAAUACCCUUCAAUCAAACCAUCAUGUUCAAACAAUUCUUUUGUAAUUUUAAAUUUCUACAUAUUCAAUUUUUGUACUUAAUAUUCCGUGUUCUGUACUACAUGUAUUGUAUAUUUUAAGAUGUAUUGUAUACCAUAUUCAAUGAAUUUUUCAAUCGAUAAAAUGUAUGGCAGUUAGUUUGACAUACUUUGUGUGUUGUAAUGUUUGUGAUAUUUUCCUAUGCAUAACAUUCAGAUAUUUACUGUGCCCAUAUUAUGGUCUAUUUACUCAGAUCUAGUCUUUUUGUAUAAGACAGACACAUUUUAUCAGAGAUCUAUUGUUAUUGUAUUGUCUUAAUAACUGGUCAUCACCUUUUUGUGCAGACCACUUUAGUUUCUGUGUCAUUCCAGAUAUUUUUAUGGAAAUAAUUUGAAAGAAAAAAUUGCAUAAAGAAGUUUAUUGUCAUUAUUAGCAUUUUUCUUUAAUCCUUAGAAAUAUUAUUUUAAAAAAUCUGUUUCAUAUCAAGAGUUUUGUUAUAGUUAUCUCCCCUUUGGCAGUAUUUAGAUACACCUUGUAUUAUGUUUUGUUGUAGUUAUCUCCCAUUUGACAGUAUUUUGAUACAACUUGUAUUAAGUUUUGAUUGUAAUAUUUUCUUUAUUUCUUGAAUGCUAAAUGCUGGAUGAUAUUCUAACAUAAUUUUCUAUGCCAAGAAACAAAUCCUCUGUAUACAGACCCAUGUUAAAAAUAUCAUUUAUUUACUAUCAGCAUAAACAGACCAAUGCUAUAAAUUUCUCUUAUGCAGGGUUGUUUGAAAACUAAAAAUUUGAAUGCAAAAAAUACUUAAUUUCAAAGUCAUUUACUCUUUGAGGUUUCCAAAUUCUAACUACAAAUUACUUUUCGUCUUAUGCAUGUAUAACUGUUUGCUAUUCUUUUUUUUUGCAAUUUCCAAAUUUAUAUUUUAUACAACAUAUGUUUUAUAGAUUAUUUAUUGACCUAUCACUUUAGGGAAUAUUUUCUAUUAUUAUUUGAAAUAAAAAUAUAUCUUCAA